AUGCAAACACCUCCAGCUCCCUGUCUCCAGCUAUUUCAACCCCUGCCUCAUUCUUCCUCCCCUUACAAUACGCUUCUCCCUCCGCUACCAGUACGAGUACUCGAGUACGGUACCCCCUCUCCUUCCUCUUCUCCUUAUUCCGCAUCUUCUCCCCCUCCUCGCUCUCCCCCUACAUCUCCUCCUCCCUCACUACCCCUCCUUCUUCUCCCGCUUCCUUUUCUUUCUCUUUUGCCCUUCUGCUCCCGCUGUUGCAUCUGUAUCACCUUCCCCUUCAAUUUGCCGUCCCCGGUUUUCUUCUCAUUUUCUUUUCAUUCACCUCCACCCUUAAACAUCUCCCUCACCUCCCCUUCCGCUCCGUUCCUGCCUUCACCUGACCUUCUACCAGCACUUCCACUGCCAGCUUAUCCUCCUAUCUCUCCCGUUCCUUCUUCUCCUCUUUCUCACCAAGCUUCUGCAUGGUAUUCUAUCUAGCUGCCCAAUUUACUACUGCGGUCUCGCCCACCACUCCGGUCUUGUUUACCCUUCGCGGCUCUUUAACCUUCUCCGCUUCUUUGCCUUUCCUUUCCAACCUUCCCUUUCCCCCUCUCAUCCCGCCCCCCUUCACCUGCCUGUUUACGAGUACUCUUAUAUUCCAUUCCUUUGCUGCCUUAUGAUUAUUACCAAUGAAAACAACCUAUCCCCCAUGUUCAUUAACCACACCCAGAUCCCCUUUAGUUUUCUACGCUAUCCCCCCAAUCGACAAGCUCGGAAUAAGCUACAAGUCCCCUCCUCAACAACCAGCCGAGUGCAGAGAAACUUUUCUAGGAUACACUUCGUUGACGAUUAGCCACCUUAGGAUACUUGCAUAGGAUAGAGAUCAAAUGCUAGAUAGAGCCGAGUGCUUUUUGGCUUUCUUUUACGGUAUUGUUGAGUGGCGAAGGGAUAAUUUGGAAGGACUCGAGGAUGGAGAUGGUGAGGAUAUCAUCGGUAGGGCAAUGAAGUUCUGGGAUGGGAUUUUCCAUUUCCUGGGUCGGGUUGGGGUCGUGGGUUGAGCUUUUGGUACUCGGGAUACGGUCGGCGUGUGGGUUGGCGAAGGCAUAGUGUGGAUUGGUGAACCUUUUGAAGUUAGAAUCCCCCAGUAUAACCCUCUUCCUCAGAUGGUUGAGAAUUACCGGUAGUGUUGGUUCAAGUCUACAUUUUAAAUUCACGGCACCAGAAAAUUAUUUGAAAAAA